GUCUGGAGAAAGUGACAAAGAGGAACCAACAACUCAACAACUAAACGCAGGAGCCAUUUUUCUGAACCCGAAUCCGCCGCUUCCUCCCCCCUCAAGGCUCCCAACCCACCGCCGGCCCAGCCAACGGACUACCCCACCUGGUGCCAUCCAUCGGAACAACUCUCUCCCUACCUCAUCGGCCUUCCAGACGCCGUACAUUUCCCCUUUACCUCCCCCGCCUUACCUCGUCUCGCUUCCUCCCAAUAUCCUCCCCGAUCCUUUCUUCUCGAGUUCAUCAUGUCCGACUUGCAGGGUCGCAAGAUCUUCAAGGUCUUCAACCAGGACUUCAUCGUUGAUGAACGCUACACUGUCACCAAGGAACUGGGUCAGGGCGCAUACGGUAUCGUCUGCGCUGCCACCAAUGGCCAGACUGGCGAGGGCGUCGCCAUCAAGAAGGUUACCAAUGUUUUCAGUAAGAAGAUCCUGGCCAAGCGCGCCUUGAGAGAAAUCAAGCUCCUUCAGCACUUCAGAGGCCACCGCAACAUCACCUGCUUGUACGACAUGGACAUUCCCCGCCCGGAUAACUUUAACGAAACGUAUCUGUACGAAGAAUUGAUGGAAUGCGAUCUGGCCGCUAUCAUCCGCUCUGGACAGCCCCUAACCGAUGCUCAUUUCCAAUCCUUCAUCUACCAGAUUCUCUGUGGUCUCAAGUACAUCCACUCGGCCAACGUCCUGCACCGAGAUCUGAAGCCCGGUAACCUCCUGGUCAACGCUGACUGCGAGCUGAAGAUCUGCGAUUUCGGUCUGGCCCGUGGUUUUUCGAUCGACCCUGAGGAGAAUGCGGGAUACAUGACAGAAUAUGUUGCGACAAGAUGGUACCGUGCGCCAGAGAUCAUGUUGAGCUUCCAGAGUUACACCAAAGCCAUCGAUGUCUGGUCUGUUGGCUGCAUUCUGGCCGAGCUCCUGGGUGGUCGUCCUUUCUUCAAAGGUCGCGAUUAUGUUGAUCAGCUCAACCAGAUCCUCCACUAUCUGGGUACUCCAAAUGAGGACACUCUUAGCCGCAUCGGCUCCCCUCGCGCCCAGGAAUACGUGCGCAACUUGCCUUUCAUGCCCAAGAUUCCCUUCCAGCGUCUCUUCCCCAACGCCAACCCUGAUGCUCUCGAUCUGCUCGAUCGGAUGCUCGCUUUCGACCCGUCGUCGCGUAUCUCGGUCGAGGAGGCUCUGGAGCACCCCUACUUGCAUAUCUGGCACGAUGCCUCGGAUGAGCCAACCUGCCCGACGACCUUCGACUUCCACUUCGAGGUUGUCGAUGAUGUGCAGGAGAUGCGCCACAUGAUCUAUGACGAGGUCGUGCGUUUCCGGGCUCUGGUCCGGCAACAGUCGCAGGCGCAGGCCGCCGCGGCGCAGCAGCAGAUUCAGCAGCAGACCAACGUGCCCAUUCCCGAUAACCAGCAGAGCGGGUGGAAGCAUGAGGAGCCCAAGCCUCAGGAAGCGCUCGCCGCAGGCGGUGGUCACCCCAACGAUCUGGAAUCGUCGCUGCAGCGGGGUAUGGAUGUGCAAUAGACGAUCACUAGUCCGUGACUCAUCAGCUGCGUGCCUGCCACCGCAUUCCCAUUCUUUACAUACUGUGUACAUGUCAUGUCUGGCUGACGACUGUGGGGGAAGUGUCCCGAGUGCUUGACAUUGAAUAUAAUCAUCAUCGUUCUGGAAGUCGCGGGCGUUUCCUGGACUACCUACCGCCGCCAUCCGAUAUCAUCCAUAUCGCUAUCUAUCAGUUAUCCUGUCUUGUGCUAUGCCCCUAUCCCAAUCUGC